UAAUAAUUUACCUGAGUGGCAACCCUGCUUGCAAUUAAAAUACCCUUCCGAACAAUUUCUUCCCUCUAUUCUGAUUUUUACUCCCUGUAUUUUUUUGUUUACAAAUUUGGCGGCAAAACAUGAACAAAUCAGCUGCGUAUCAUAGCGAAAAGUAAAUAAUUUAAACAGCAAUGGAGCCUUGUGUUAUUGAAUUUAUUGGGGAGAAGUCCACCAUUGGCAUUGUACCAAACUUUUCAUUCGAUCCUUUGCAUUUGAUAUCGGGCAGUGUUGGACCAUUCCGCGCCGGUCUCCCAGUCCAUGUGCCGCUUUGGCUUGGUAUACAUCUACGUAAACAACAGAAGUGCCGCAUUGUGCCACCCGAAUGGAUGGACAUGGAGCUGUUGGAAGAAAUCAAGGAGGCAGAGAAAAAAUCAAAGUUCUUCACAAAAAUGCCCAGCGAACAUUACAUGGUCGAAGCGCAGCUGAUCAUGAGUACUGCACCUGACGAUGUGCCGCAAUGUGAAGAGCUACGAACGAUUAUCAAAGAUAUAUUUGAUAUACGUGAAUCUAAAUUGCGCACUUCAAUUGACGCAUUCAUCAAGGGUGAAGGCACAUAUGCAAAGUUGGAUAAUUUAACACUUUUGGAAAUUCACACUGUAAGGCCAAUUCUCCCGCAUUCUUUGGAUCAUAUUGCUCGUUAUCAGCGGACGGCGAUGGCUACGCAACGGGAUACUUCUUCAUUAGGUUUGAGUAAUUCAAUGAAUACGAGUCAUUUCUCACAAUAAAUAAAGAAAAAAUAUACUCAUCUGCGUUUUCUACAUGAUAAAAACAUGGUUUUCUACAAAUACCUCUUUGGACAUUUUGCUCAGUAUUUUUGGCAUGCAAUCAUUUGCUUUGAUUUUUCACUACCUUAACGAAUUUUGAGGUCUGGCAUCAUUUUUCAGUAGACAAUCAGCUGUUUGACUCAUCUUUGAUGACGUUUCGUGUUGAUGCAAUUUUUCCCUGUUUCAUUGGGAUUCGGUUUUUACGAAAAUUGAACAAAUUUUUAAAACCAUCCGGAAAUUGGCCAUUUAAAAGGUGCGUUCAUAAGUCAAAAUAUUAAGAAACGGACAUACAUAUACCACAAAAAGGCAAAUACAGGAACAGCCUGGAAUUGAUUUGCCUCUUGUGGACUACCAAGAUCCUGUCGUUCAACUAAAAA